AUGAAGAAAGAAUAUGUCAAGGUCAUCGAUGAAUACUUGGACCUUGGCCACAUGGAGAAGGUCGAUGAUAAAGAAACGACUGAUGCGGUGUAUUUACCACAUCACGCAGUAGUGCGAAAUGACAAGCUUACCACCAAGGUGAGAGUUGUUUUCGAUGCGUCGUGUCCGGGAACAAAUGGAGCGUCGUUGAAUCAGGAUCUUUUGGUCGGUCCAGCUCUCCAACCAGAGUUGCGUCACAUCCUGAUGAAUUGGCGUCAGUUUCCAAUAUGCCUCGGUGCAGACAUCGUUAAGAUGUACAGACAAGUCAAGGUGUCUGAGACGGAUGUUGAUUUUCAACGAAUCAUAUGGCGCGAAAAUCCAGAAGACGAGUUGCAGCAUUUCCGUCUACUCCGUGUGACCUUCGGCACAUCAUCAGCACCAUACUUAGCAGUGAAAUCUUUGCAGCAGAUUGCACACGAUGAGGGAACUGAUUUUCCUCUAGCAUCGAAACGUGUAUUGAAGGACUUCUAUGUCGACGAUUUAAUGACAGGAUGCCAGAACGUUGGAGAAGGUAUUCAAAUCUAUCACGAAAUGAAGGAGUUACUUGGUCGUGGAGGCUUCGAGCUUCAGCGAUGGUCCACCAAUAGUUCCGAAUUGUCAGAUCACAUACAGGAAGACCACAGACAAGCAACCGGAGAACACCUGGAACUUAAAACAGACGCCGUUAGCAAAAUUUUAGGACUUACCUGGAAUAGGAGGUCCGACGAAUUCGAAUACACCGUGAAUCUUCCUCCUUUAGAAACACCUGUAACUAAACGCAGAGUUAUUUCGGAUAUCGCGAAAUUGUUUGACCCACUCGGAUGGAUAGCUCCAGCCAUAAUAACGGCCAAGGUAUUGAUACAAAAACUAUGGUUGUCGGGCAUCGAGUGGGAUCAGGAACUACCCUCAUCAUUGUUGAAGGACUGGCUUGAGUAUAGAGAAGAAUUGAAGCAACUUGCCCACUUCCGUCUCCCUCGUUGGAUUUAUGCAGCCAGUGAUGACUGCGUGGUGGAGCUGCAUGGCUUCGCCGAUGCAUCCAAUGUUGCGUAUGCAGCCGUAGUGUAUACUCGCAUUAUCGAUAGAGACGGGUCCAUUCAUGUCAACCUUAUCACAUCUAAGACUAAAGUGGCACCCGUCAAGCAGGUGUCAAUUCCGAGACUCGAGCUUUGCGGAGCAGUAUUGCUCGCCAAGCUGUUAAAGGAAGUAUCCACAGUUCUCGGAAUAUCCAAGCAAAACAUCCAUGCUUGGACUGACUCCUCGGUAGUAUUGGCUUGGCUCAGGAGCCACCCUAGUCGUUGGAAAACUUUCAUAGCAAAUAGAGUGUCGGAAGUGCUUACUGCCUUGGAUGGAAGUCAGUGGUCUCACGUAUCGACGAAGCAGAAUCCUGCCGACUGCGCGUCCAGAGGCGUAAAACCAUCGGAAUGCGCCAAUAAUCAGAUAUGGAAGCAGGGUCCGACAUUCCUGAAAAAGAAAAACAUCGAAUAUAAAAAAGAGAUUAUGGAUACUACAGUCGAAGAGAGAAAGUUAAAAUGUCACACCGCUACAAGCACCACAGCAGAGAGUAGCAUACUUACCAAGUAUUCGUCGUUAAUGCGACUUACCAGAGUCGUAGCUUACUGUAGAAGGUUUUUGUCUCCAAAAUCAACGGGUACUUUGAAAGCAAAGGAACUGGGACAAGCUUUGAAAACCUGCAUUAAAAUGUGUCAACGGCAUUAUUUCCAGGAAGAGAUGAAUAAUCUAAAGAAGCAUGGCAAGGUGAACAAAAAAAGUAGAUUUACCUCGUUGAAUCCGUUUCUUGAUUCCGAAGACAUCUUGAGAGUCGGUGGUCGUUUGCAGAUGGCUGCACUGGAAAAUGACAUGAAGCAUCCCAUAUUGAUUCCUCAUGGCUCGCAUUUAACAAGUUUAUUAAUAGACGAUGCACAUCAGAAAACGUUGCAUGGUGGCCCACAAUUGAUGGCCAACUAUCUCAGAUCCAAAUAUUGGAUCAUCAAUGCAAAAAGUCUUAUUCGACAGCACGUCUGGAAGUGCGUAGUUUGUGUUCGUCAUUCCGCAAAGUGUAGACAGCAAAUGAUGGGCCAAUUACCAGAGGCGAGAGUUACCCCUAGUCGUCCUUUUCUACGUAGUGGAGUGGACUAUGCUGGUCCCAUUAAUAUUCGUCCUACCAAGGGUCGUGGAUAUCACUCCACAAAGGGCUAUAUAUGCUUGUUUGUCUGCAUGACUACAAAGGCCGUCCACCUUGAAGUCGUUAGCGACAUGACUACUCAAGGCUUUUUAGCAGCAUUUAAACGCUUUGUAGCCAGGCGAGGACAUGUCGCAGAGAUCUGGAGCGACAACGGUACCACUUUCGUUAGUAGCGCGAAGGAGUUGAAGAUUUUGUUCAACGCAGAAAGGUCUGCCAUGGCACGUGAAAUCGCCGAGUGGUGUGCCACAAAUAGUACAGAGUGGCAAUUCAUCCCUCCACAUUCUCCGAAUUUUGGAGGAUUGUGGGAGGCAGGAGUGAAGUCCACCAAACACCAUCUCCGUAGAAUAAUGAGCAACAGUACAUUAACGUUUGAAGAAAUCACCACAUUACUGGCGCAGAUCGAAGCCUGUUUAAAUUCAAGACCUAUGUCACAGCUACCAACAUACCCGGACGAUCCAUUUCCUUUGACCCCUGGUCAUUUUUUGGUAGGGGGACCACUAGUGGUUGUCCCUGAUAGAGAUUAUAAGGACUUCAAUAUCACCUCACUUAAAAGAUGGCAACUUACGCAGCGCAUGCUGCAAGAAUUUUGGCGCAAAUGGUCUGACGAAUAUCUCGCUCAGUUGCAGCAUCGCUAUAAAUGGAAGGACCAGGUCGCGGAACCUAAAAUAGGCGAUGUUGUACUUCUUCGUGAAGUUGAUCUCCCACCGGCCAAGUGGCUUUUUGGCGUCAUUAUUGAAAAGCAUGCUGGUUUGGACAACCUUACGCGGGUUGUCAGUGUGCGAUGCAAGGGCAGCAUAAUAAAGCGACCAUUGUCCAAGUUAGUUGUGUUACCUGUCUCUUAG